CACUUAAUAGAUAAAACCGGUUUUUAACGCAACAAAAACUACAAAGAUGGCUGCUAUCUCGCAAUUCCGCAAGAAGAAGCUGCUGUAUGUGUUCCAUGUGUUUUUCGAUAUCAACCAGAGUGGAGAGAUCGACCGCAAGGAUUUCGAACUUGCUAUUAACAAAAUUUGCGAACUCCGCGGCUGGCCGGAGGGACAUGCCAAGAACAAGGAAACCCAUGAUGCCAUGUUCAAAAUUUGGGACGGCCUGCGGACGAAGGCCGACAAGGAUAACGAUGGCCAGGUCUCCGUAGAAGAAUGGUGCAAUAUGUGGGAUGCCUAUGCCAAGAAUCCGAAUGCCGUCCUGGAUUGGCAAGUGCGAUACAUGAACUUCAUGUUCGACCUGGAGGACGCUUCCAACGAUGGUACCAUCGAUUCGGGUGAAUUCUCUACCGUCUACUCAAGCUACGGUGUCGAUAAGAACGAGUGCCUGGAGGCAUUCAAGAAAAUGUCAAAGGGUGCCACCGAGGUGAACCGGGACCAAUUUGCUGUAUUGUGGCGCGAGUAUUUCUCCUCGGAUAACUCAAGUGCUCCGGGAAAUUUCAUCUUUGGCAAGACCACCUUCUAACGUGCUAACUGCCAAUAUCCAAGAGAUGCUUCCUUCUAGCCCUUCGUGCUCAUCGAAAGUGUUUAAUCUUACAUCACGAGAAUAA